AUGAGUACGGUUGGAAAAGAAGAAGAUAUUGUAACAGUUGCCUGUGAUGAAGGGAAUGUUGGUCAACAACAGUAUAAGUGCACAAACAGUAAAUGGGUUCCUCUGCAGGACAACUGUGUCUUAGAAGUCAUCAAAAACCUGGAAGAUCAAUCACAGGGCAUAACUGGAGGGGAUGUUCCUGAAUUUGUUGAGCUGCUCAGUAAUGCCACACAGCAGAAUGGUGCUCUAGUUGUUUCUUCACAAGCAACUGUCACAUCUAUUGUGACCAUACUUGACAAUAUUGCAACAGCCUCCAGUACAAUCGAAGUGGACCAGGAGGUGAUGGAGAAUUUCCUUCAAACUGUGGAUGUCCUUGUGUCCCCGGGUGCCAAUGCUGUCUGGAAUAACUUAAAUGGUGAUACCAAUGAAACUCGUAAAAGUGCCAGCUCCAACUUGUUGCUUGCCGUGGAAAAAAUGGCAGGUGCACUCGCAGAUGAAGACACAUAUCAGAUUGUGACAGAAACCCUUUCUUUGAACAAAUCUGUAGUGACUGAAGCCAAUAAUUUGCUCAUGAUAAACUCAUCUGAAAUUGAAAUCCCUGCAACAGAGCUAUCUGGGGGGAACACCUCAGUCACAGUCGUUGUAUUUUUUUCACUUAAUAAUGUUAUCCCAGUCAGAACUUUACAUGACUCCAUAGACAAUACCCUAAAUGGCAACGUUAUUUUGGUCAAUACAAGUCAACGCCUUGACAACAUCUCUCUGACCUUUGAGAAAAACAAUACUGAAUUGGCAAACCCCCUUUGUGUCUUUUGGAACUUUGAUCUUUUCAACAAAACUGGUGGAUGGGAUUCAUUCGGGUGUGAGCCGAAGUUCGAUGGAAAUUUCACAGUCACAUGCGAGUGCAAUCACACAACUUCCUUUUCCAUUCUCAUGUCACCGUAUAUUCCAGAGAAAAUCAAAGAGGCCCUGGCAUACAUAACAUAUAUUGGAGUUGGAAUAUCAAUGGGCAGCUUGGUCAUCUGCCUAAUAAUUGAGAUCAUUGUUUGGCGUGCCAUGACAACGAAUGACACAGCCUACAUGCGACACGUCUGCAUUGUUAACAUUGCUGUGUCCCUCUUGAUUGCUGACAUCUGGUUCAUCGUAGGAGCAGCUGUAUCGAAUGAAAAUGGAGCAGCCGUGGGGCCCUGCUCUGCAGCUACGUUUUUUGCCCACUUCUUUUAUCUGGCAAUGUUCUUCUGGAUGCUGAUAUCUGCCCUACUGCUCUUGUACCGCAUUGUGUGGGUCUUCGGAAACAUAUCCAGGUUGGCCAUGAUGCUAAUUGGCUUCUUUAUUGGGUACGGUUGCCCUCUCAUUAUAGCAGUGGUAACUGUGGCAUCGACAGCUGGACGCGAUGGCUAUAUCAACUCAAAUAAUACGUGCUGGCUUAACUGGACUGAGACAAAGGCUCUGUUGGCCUUUGUGAUCCCUGUCUUGGUCAUUGUGGCCAUCAACUUUUGUGUCAUGAUCGUGGUCUUGGUCAAAAUGCUCAGAAGAGGAGUGGGAGACACUGUACAAAAUGAUGAAAAACACAACCUAAAGGUCAUUGCAAAAUGUGUGGCCGUAUUAACUCCACUGUUUGGCCUUACCUGGGGAUUUGGCAUUGGCAUCUUGAUUGCUCCGGAUAGUGUUGGACUCCAUGUUGUUUUUGCAGUCCUAAAUUCUUUGCAGGUAUGUAUUUGGAUUAGCAUAAAUUAUACUGAAUGCCUUUUUAAUAUGGUUCUGUACGUUGUAUUUGUUGCUUUCUCUCAUGCAUAUUUCUCUUUAAAAGGGUUUCUUCAUUUUGGUGUUUGGGACCCUCUUGGAUAGUAAGGUAUGUAUUGUCACUAAAGUCAGUCAAAUCUUCCUCUUGCAAUAGAACAGUUCUGUAUGUGUCUUUGUUUGUUUGCUUGU